CUGCAACCAGCCUUUGUUCCCUUCUUUUUCCCUCUUCAACGUAAAGUUAUACUUCUUUAACCAUCUUCCACUUUGAUCAUUGCAUCAUUAACCACAUCUCACACCAAAUCGAUUCUGCGUUAUCGUUGGCCUAGUCACACACAAAAUUGCAUCGCGCCCAUCACCCCUCCCCUGCAUAUGUCCGCGGUAUAAGUAGAAGCUGGACCAGGGGGUGGCCGCAAUCACACUCACACCUUCGCGACAAGCAUGUUACGGUCCAUCAAGAGAAAGACUGAGGCUGCUCUUCGCAGACGAAAGACCAACAAGUCCAUCAACCAAAUAACCCCCGUCGACGUUGACUGGCCCAUUCAGAGCGAUUCAUAUCCGCCGUCAACUUCCACGGAAGAUCGCACCGCGACUAAUACAACCGAGCCGGAAGAGGAACUGACGCCUGCUGAUCAAGCGCUGCAGUUUCGGUUCAAACAAGACGAUACGAGUGUUCUCCAUACACCUGCGCUUGAAGAAGUGCCUGCAGAGGAUCCCGUGGACGAGGUUGAUGUUGCGGAACAGCCUGGGCUAGGCUCAUAUACAACCAAAUACGUUCCGUUUGUAGAAACGUCAGCAAUGAGGAGCAACAUGUUUGUUCAUUCUGCCAAUUCGCACUACGGCAUGGUGAACCCUGCCAUCAUGGGCGGCUUUGGAGACGAUGACGACGAUUCCAUAUGGCUGGUGGAUGACGAGGAGACUGAGGAAGAAAAUGAAGAGGUAACAACGACAGUCAAGAGAGGAGAGAACGAGGAGGAAGACGAUGUAGAAGAGGAGGAGCUCGAAGAAGAGGAAGAGGAAGAUGAGCCAGCUGUCGCUUUACCACCAACGAAUCAGCCUCCCCCAGUAUCAACUGUACCUGAACCAGCUUCAACGGCCAGCCCGGACACCGGAUUCAGAUAUCGCAUUAAUCUUGCCUUGUUUGACGAUGCCGAGUUUGCAGCCCCGCCAAAAGAGACAGUCACGGUUUUUGUGGAUGAGGACGAAAACGAGGACGAGGACGACAUUCUGCAUCUACCGUCGCCUAGCAUCGAUUCAGCGGAGCUUUUGAGAGCUGUAAACGCAUUCCGACGCCCGGGCAGUAGCCAAGACGAGAUUGCUGCGUCCAAUGGCUCCUCUACUCCUGCCACAAGCAACCCGUACGUCGAUCUUCUUGAGCAGCAAGACUCGGCCAUGACGGUGGCAUAUCAGCGCCGUCUGGACCUGUCUGGUAGACGUGGAGAUGAUGAAGCUGAUGAUUUCAGUUUCGGACAACGAUAUCAAAGAGACCCCGGGACAGCUACUGUCCUAGUUACGCACCAGCGUGUACCGUCGGAUCAUGACAGCGGUGAUCGCGAUUGCUCAAUAUGUACUGAUACCAAGGAAGACAUUCUCUUCCCCCGGUUUUCCCCAACAGCGUCUUGCCUGCAUCCCCCAACGGCAUGUCUCGAGUGCUUGGAGAGGUCUAUCCGGUCUGAUCUGACAAGCAAGAUCUGGACAGAUAUCAGAUGUCCUGAGUGCCGUGAAUUUUUAGACUAUACAGACAUCCAGCGCUACGCUGAUGAAGAGACAUUCAAAAGAUACGAGACGCUCGCUCUCCGGGCUGCUAUGGCUGAAGCUGAGAAUUUCUUUUGGUGCACAUCUGGCUGUGGUUCUGGUCAGAUACAUGAGUCUGGCCAAGAUCAACCCAUAGUAAUAUGCCUUCACUGCACCCAUCGAUCCUGUUUUCAUCACAAUGUCGCAUGGCACCAGGGAUUGACAUGCGACGAGUAUGAUCAGCUACUUGCUGACCCAGACAAUUUCCGCUCCAAGCUUGAAAUCGAUAACGAAGCAUGGGCUGCUGCGCAGGAGGCACAGCUCGAAGCCGACAGAGCCAUGGCACAGGGCUUGCUGGAAGAAGAGAGGAGGGUUAGAGAGAUGAGAGAAAUGAGAGAACGUGAAGAGAGGGAGAGGACGAGGAAAGCCAUAGAGCUAGCGAGGCAAAUCGCGGCGAGGAGGAAGGCUGAAGAAGACAUGAGCAGGGAAACCGUCGGGAGAACAACAAAACCUUGCCCUGGGUGCGGAUGGGCAAUUGAAAAGAACGACGGAUGUUCGCAUAUGACUUGCGUCAAGUGCAAGCACCAGUUUUGCUACGAGUGCGGUGCGGACCAUAAGCAAAUUCUUGAGAAGGACAAUACUGUUCAUAAGGAGGACUGUAAAUUUCACCCGAGCCAGUUAGGAGAUUUAGAGGAGUCGGAGGUGAGGGACAAUGACGACGACGAUGGUGAUGAUACUGAGGAGGGCGAUUUUGACGAGGGAGAUUUUGAAGAUGAAGAGGAUGAAGAAGAGGAAGUGAUCGUUAUCAGGGGUAAUAUUAGGCGUUUUAAAUAA